AUGCAGCAGCUACACUGGACCGCACCCGGGCGUGGACUCCCCCCGGCGUCGCACAACGCGCAGCAGCCAUCCGCACAAGUCAACUCUGCCUCCCAUUUCACCAACCGUGGGCAUCUCGCGCUGACGGGCGGCGCAAACGCUGGUGGAGGAAACGGUGGUGGUGUCCCGGUUGUCGUCCCAGCCUCCGGCGCCCCUGUCGGGCACGCCAACCCUGUCGGCAACAACGUGUUCUAUGCAUCCCGCUUCGCGAACACGCAGGCGACUCCGCAGAGCCCGACCUCUCAGCAGCCAUCUCAACAACAGCAGCAAACUCAGCAGCAACAGCAGCAGCAGCGCGCAACGCAUCCCCCCGCCAAUGCGGGUCCGAGCUCUACCACGGGCGUUGGCACUGGCCACAACGUCGCCGAAAUGAAUCCCCCACUCGUCGGCCGAGAAGCACCGGCGAUCAGCGGAGCCAACUCCGCCGCGGCCCACACGAGCUCCACCGCGACGGGGGUGUUCUUCAGCGGCACCCGCACGAACUUCACCGACAUCGGCGGCGCCGCGGCCUACGGGCUCGGCGCGGGUGGGGUGGGCUCGCCCAGCGGCCCCAACGCGAACGCCGCCGGCAACCUCAUGGCGGACGCGAACGAUGCGGAGGUGAAUCAGCUGCUGCGCGAGCUCGAGUGCUCGGUGGACACCCCACACGCUACCGCCGUGCUGCGCGAUGCCGUCGACGCAAUUGAGGCCCGUGCGCUGGCCAACUUCGACCCCUUGUCGCGUGACACAUUUCUUGAGCAGCGCAUCCGCGACGUGCUGGCGGAGCUGUCCCGCACGACGAACGAGAAGUCGCUGUUGCUGGCAGUGAACUUCAUUGAGGCGCUCAUCCCGAUCGCCUACACAAGCCCGCAGUCGAAGUUUACCCGUCUCUGCCGAAGUCUUUCAGUUCUGCGGCAGUCCGGCAACGAGAAGGCGGCGCGGGAGUCGCAGCGCGUGUACAAGCUGUUGUUGGAGGCCGAUGCGCAUUUCCCGGAACCGAACUGGCCGCUCAAGUCGUUUGUGCCGAAGGAGCUGCGCGAGAACUGCGAGCAGGCGCUGCUGCAGCUGCAUGGUCGUGUCCAGCAGGCCAAAGCGUCCUUCCCGGCGCAGUUCUUCUCGGUCAUGCUUGGCUGUGCCGCGACGGCGGAGGUCAGUCCGCGCUACCUGUCCGGCACCGCACGUGCGCAAGCGAUCCAGCUGGGCAUGACGCUCGCCGGCAGCCCGGAUGAACUGCUCCGCAAGGCAGCCUGCGAGUGCAUGGUCGCCAUCUUCAGCAACACCACGAGCAUGCGGCCGAACGAGCUCGUGGUGGAGAACCGGCGACUCUGCGAGGAGUGCUUCCGGGCCCUGAACGCAAGUCAGCACAACGAAGGGCACAUCGUGUCUGCACUGAAGGCACUCCACGCCCUGUUCAGCCGCCGCGGCCUCAGCUCGAUCGACAAGCAGGUCCUGCCGCAGCUGUGCGUGCUCGUGACGGAGCAGCAGCGCAUGUCCAAGUCGGCCCUCGUCCGCGGCUCGGUCUGCGAUCUGAUCCCUAUCAUCGCACCAGUCGACAUCGCCGCCGCACCCCGUCGGACGACCUACUGCGCCAUCAUCAUGGAGCCAGUCAAGAACGUGCGAGAUGAACGCUUCAAGGCGCACGAGCUACAGAACGUCGCGUCGUUUGUGCUGAGCGUAGGAUACCGCGUCUUUGACCCGACCAACCGCACGAACCUGGAAUCCAUCCUGCACCGGUACAUCUCCCGGCCCGAGACGCAGGAGGCGUGCUGGUCGAUCAUGGCGGCCAUCUGCGCCUCCUCCGUGUCCACCGCCGGCGCCGGCGGCGCCGUUGCAGCUGUCAGUCCUAUCACGCUCAGCCGCCGGUCGAUUCACCGCUCCGCCGCGAUGUCGCCGUCCUCCGGCCGAAUGAAGACGUCCGACUCGGUGAACAUGGCCGGUGCCAUCGUCAGCCCCACCACCGUCGGUGCCUCAGGCGACCUGUCGCUUUCCCUGUCCAACGCGGAGGCCGACGCGGUGUCCCGUCACCGCAGCAAGGACAACACCACCGGCAGCUCGCCCAGGAUGCAGCAGCAGCACGGCUUUCCAAACGGAAGUGAGACGAAUUCGGCCCGGGUAGCCACGACGCGGCACGGGGGGUCGCCCAGCGGCGGCAAGCACAACGACGUCAACGAGGACCAGGGUGGUAACGGUGGCAACGGCGAUGACCACAGCAGUGUGGCGGUGGUCUCGACAACCACGGCCGUGCAGUCUCCCGACAGGAGCUCCUGCCUGACCACCCCGGCGACUCCGUCCGCGCCGGUCUUCAACUUCGGCACCACCAGCGCCCACCUCAGCCUUACCAUCGACGACAUUGUCCAGCGCUGUCUGCCCUACCUCACCCACGCCGUCCUCACCCAGCCCCUCGUCGACUCCCUCCGCGUCAUCCAAACCUCCCGCCCACCCCUCAAAGCCGAGGUACAGGCCGCUCUUGAUAAGCUGGUGGACAGCGCGCUAAUGGAACCGGCGGGCUACGCCCUGACCACCAUCGCCGGCGUCCAGCCCUCCGGCAGCUCGCAGAGUUACUCGAUGCACGGCCGCGACGGCGACGGCGCCAACGCCGCCCUUAACAGUGGCAACUCCGCCCCGCUGGGUGCGGCCCCGUCCUCGCGCGGGCCGCAGCACCCGCUGGCCGGCUCAGAGCCCAGCACCGUCGCCGCACGACCGGGCUCCAACGGCAACUCUAUCGGCACCAUGGGUCGUCUGUCGCAGUACUUCCGGCCGGCCGACAACGCCGCCGGGACGCACCGUCGCGAGGACAGCUCCCCCGACCUGGGGCCCUCGACCCCGCUGACGGGCGGCGCAAGCGGCAGCAGAGCCGGCGCCUCUCCUUCGCACGGUCCCACUGCUGCUGCCGCUGCUGGUGGCGGCCCUGGCGGCUUCCUCAGCGUGAACAGCUCUUUCGCGGCUGCGGGCAGCGAGCACAUGCACGAGCACUACGGCAGCACCGCUGGCGUGCGCUAUUCUCCGAUGCCGUCCUCGAUCAGCGCCGCCUUUAGCCCGGUUGGGAGUGCACCCCCCUCCCAAUCUGCCAACAUCACACCUGCGGCGGUACUCGCAGUGCUCAAGAACGACCUCACCGUCGCCUUGAAGGUCUUCUCGGAGCGUCCCGUCACCUCGGUGCAGCACCUCGACGACCUGAAGAGCUACGUGAUCGGCUUCCAACACCACGACGACCCGCAGGUGCGCAAGCAGAGCAGCGAAACGAUCAUUUCGAGUCUCCGGCAGUGGAUCGCCUACGCGAAGGAGCACAAGACCUCCACCUACUCCACCCGUGUGACGGAGAUUCUGGAGGCGUACAUGAAGAACGUGCUGCUGGAGGUGGACCGGCGGUGUCGGCUGUACGAGAUCACCCUCCUCGCCAACGCCACCAGUCUGCGUGUCUUUUUGUCCGAGCAGCGCAUUCUGUCGUCGCUGCUGAGCUUCCUGAAUAGCACCGCACAGGUACGCGAGAAGACGGUGGAGCUGCUGGUGGCCGUCACGCAGGACUCGAAGCCCUCCCCGUCUGUGGUGGCCGUGCAGCAAAGCCUCUACGUCACCGUGGAGUCUUGCGUCGUCAUCUUGGAGUUCACCAACGACGUGAACAUGCUCCUGCGCAGCAUGGCCGACCUGCAAACCUUCACUCGCCUGUGCAUCCGUCCGCUGAGCAACCACCUCGGCCGUAUCUUUUACGCCUUCCGCAAGCGCAUUCUGGAGUCGACAGUGCCGGACGUGGUGCUGCUGUCCCUCCUCAAAACAAUGGCGACGAUUUUAGAGGCCCUGUCGAAAGAGGAGAAGGUCGUCCUGCAGUACCAGGAUGACGUGCUGGAGCUGUACAUCCCAAUUGUGGACAUUCUGAAGCACUCGCCCUCCCCGGUGCUGAGCCACGCCGCCAUUAACGUGCUCGUGCACAUGAACGAGAUGUGUCUGCCAAACUCCACCACCGAUGUACGGCAGCAACAGGAGCUAAUUGGCUCGCUGGUCAACGUCUACACCGGCAGCUCGUGCACCGUCGAGGAGUCGCUGAGCAUGCUGACCCUAUUUGGCCAGCUCGGUGCCGUCGAUCCCGCCCUGCAGUCCAGCGCCGUGACCGUCAAGAAAAAGGAGGAGGUCGCCAUCCAGGAUGAGGCCGACCUGGAGCUCACGUACGACUACACUGUCAUCGUCUACCGCACCCUCAGCCGCAUGCUGGACGCCUCUCUGUCGGACGCUGUCUGCUCGCAGGCGCUGCGCACCCUCCUGCAGUUUAUCCGAUCAACCCAAGACAAGAAAGACAUCGUCGGUGGCGUACACGCCGUCCGCGCAGUGCUGCAGGUCAUCAAGCGAGUCACGGACAGCCCCGCCCUACGAGUGGAGGCGCUGCACGUGCUGGCCGCCAUCACGGCGAUGCGGCACGAACGCAUUGCGCGGCUGAUGCUUCCUGAGAUUGUGGUGCUGCUCGAGCAGCUCUGGACCCCGACGGACCGGCCGCUGUUUCGCGGGGUGCUGGAGGUGGUGAGCGCGCUGAAGCCCGGCAAGCUCUCGGGCAAGGAGCAGUCCGAGUCCUGGGCGUGGCUGUACCCCCGGCUGGUCGAUGUCGCCUUCCAGGAUCACACCGAAUCCCGUGAGUUCUGCCUGCGCGUGGUCGAGAUUGUGCUGAACGCGAGCUACAUCCCACCGCACUGCAUCCCGAUUGUGUUUCCGAUGCUGAUGCAAUUUAUCCAACAGUCGGACCAGCUCGUCGACGUCCGCAGCCAAUCCCUCUGCGCCGCCGUGCACAUCGUGUGCGAGCUGAAGGCGGUGCAGUUCUUCUCCUCCCUGCUGCACGGCAUCCGCACCUUGACGCGCCACUGUGAGCUGAACGAGGACCUCGGCCCCCGCUUGUCGACGCCGGGGGUGCGGGAGUCGCUGAAGGUGUUGGCGGCCCUGCACCCGAGCGGGCGUGGCACCAUCAAGCAGCUGCGCGACCGCAUCGGCGAAGGAGAGGAUCGCCUGAGCGCCGCAGCAGCAGCCGGCUCGCCGCUGUACACUUCGACGGGGAUGCAGGCGGGCAGCAUGGUCAGCUUCGUCGGGGCCAACCCGAACACGACGCUGCUGGGCCCGCUGUCCGCCCACGGCAGCAACGGCGUCAGUCCACUCGCCGUGACAAGUAUGCCGAACUCCGGCGGGUCGCGCAGCCUCAGCGCGCUGGGCAUUGGUUCGCCUACGGGAACGGGGGGCGGCGGUUCGUAUCUGCGCCGCACCGUGCCCGAGACGUUCCCCGGCGCGGAGGAGGAAGACGUCUCGUUGAGCCUCGGCGCUGACCAGCCGAGCGGGGCCGCCACGGCCGGUCAGGAGGUUUCGCUCUUCAUGAAGCACGUCGAGCUGGGCUUUCGCCUCAAGGAGAGCAAGCUGCGAGAGUGGUUCGUCGAGUUUCAAAAGAGCAUCAUACUUGUUUCCCCGCAUCCCGCCUUCCGCAUGAUGGUGGAUCUGCUCGACAAGCACGAUCCCCUUCGCCGCGAGCUCUUUUUGCCCUCUUUCAAGUGUCUUUACGAGUCCCUGACGGCGGACCAAAUCAAGAAACUGAACGAGAUGCUUACCAUCGUGCUGAACUGCUCCGACCACGAGCUGUCGAGCAAGUGCCUCGGCCUCGCGGACUACCUCGACCACAACGAACCGAACCUGAAGCCGGAGGUGCUGGAGGUGGUGCGCUCGCUGCGGCGCGCCGAUCACCACCGCAUCAAUCACUCAUCGGAGCCGGACUCGCUGCUCGUCCGCAGCACCGCCAGCAGCAACAACAACGUCCUCACCGUGCGCGGUCGGGGAUCGGCAUCGAACGUGAACCAGCAGCCCCAACUCUACCCCGCGACUGCAGAAGCCCCGAUGAACCACGUCUUCUCCGCAAAGAUCCGCGGUCGACCGGCAGCUGCUGCCGCCCAGCGCGGCGCCAUGCGUGGAAACUCUCCGAGUAUUCAGCCAACGGUGGCCAACCCAGCGAGUCAGAGCACGAAUAAAGGGCGUGGCGUCGCCGGCGGCAACCAGAACGGCGACCCGAACCGGAGUAACCCGGACGUCUACGCCUUCGGCAACAACGGCGCCGGCAACACACAGGCGCAGACGGUCGAGCGGCAGAUAGCGCCAUCGGUUGCAGCCGGUGGUGAUGGUGGCGAGGAUGAAGGAAUGGCGGUAGAUGAAGAGAGUGCGUCUGGCAGCUGCUCCCCUGUGGACACCCUGGACGACGCGAGCAGUGAGAAGAAGAUCGACGAGGGCACGCCCGCCAACCCUGAUCUACCGCAGGUCGACAUAUCUGGUGUGCCCGGCUUGCAGGCCGCCGGCAGCUACCGACCGCUGGUGUGCUCUGUCGCGCGCAAGGCCGUGUCGAACCAGGCCUACACGCUAAGCCACGGCAGCGGCAGUAGCAGUGACGAGUUCAGCGCGGAUAGCCACGACCCGGACGUGCAGCUGACAGGGUCGCACAUCCCCGCCCAGCCCAACAUGCUCUUCUCCACGGAGGACAUCGUCCGCGCUGCGGAGCACACCCGCAUGUACGACAAGGCGCUGAGUUACCUCGAGAACCGCCUGCUCGCUAUGCUGAACAUCUACCGCUACACCAAGAUGCCGCGCGAUGUGAUUCACAAGACGGUGUGGCCCUUGGCAUGGCUCUACAGCCAGCGCGAGAUGCAAGACUCCGUCGUCGGUCUCUUCCGCGCCAUCCGCUACGAGGGCGGGGAGGACCAGGCCGGCUUCGGCUUUGAGCUGCUGCGCUGGUGGAGCCAGGCGCAGCGGACCUACGCGAAGUCCAUCACGACGCAGGCGCUGCGCGACAUGACGGUGCCGCCGCACAUCCUGGAAGGCUACGUGCGCACCCUCACCCUCUGCGGGGAGUGGAACCGGGCUUACGACAUCUCAAUGCAGGUCAGCUCCCGCCGCGAGGCGUACGUCUCCUCGACCGUGGCACGCUGCGGCGCCACCGCGGCGUGGCUGCUCGGACACUGGGAGGACGUGCAGUUCCUGGCGGAGCGGCUCUCCGUGUCGGAGCGCCACACAACGGCACUGCGCCUCUUCUUCUUGAACGGCGUCGCGUUGCGGAACGCGAUUGCGGAGCACAGCAGCGGCGCCUACGAGAGCCUGCGCCACAUGAUCACACAGUCGAAGCUCGUCAUUGAUGAAAGCCUGCGCACGCUGCUCCCCCUCAGCUACACGCACGCCUACGAGAGCGUGACGAUGCUGCAGCACUUUACUGAGAUGGAGGAGAUGAUUGACUUCUGCCACUGCCGGUCCGCGAAAGGGCGCCAGCAGAUGUAUGAGCGGUGGAACAACCGCUUCCGCUAUUUGAAGCCCGACGCCCUGCAGCCGAGCCUGCGGUCACUAAUGCUGCACUCCCUCGUCCUCUCCACCAGCGAGAUGGCAGACAUGAUCCUGCACUUCUGCAAAACGCGCCAGGCGAGCUACCCGGAGUUGACGGAAUGGGCCAUGAGCUGGCUGCGUCACGGCUCCUUCAGCGGCUGCGGCAGCCGCGUCUCCACGCCGAGCGUGUCGUCGCCGACCUCGGUCGACCACGCCGGGCUGACCAUCGACGUCAACUCAGCGGCGUCGCUCGCGACGGUCGACAGCAACCCGAACGUCGCCGUGGGUUUCAUCAUCCACCUGUGGAGCCGCGGCAAGCGGCAGGAGGCGGUGGAGGCGAUGGAGCUCUUCCUGCGUGAGUGCGGCAAAGACCUGGAGGAGAACUACGCUUCGUGCUACGGCAGCGCGCAGCUCCGCCUCGGGACAUGGAAGCAAGAUCAGCACACGGACUCCUUCUGGCGCCCCGGCUUCCGAGAGGAGGAGCUCGAGCACUUCCACAAGGCCAUCCGCGCGAUGCCGUCGAGCUACGAGGCGUGGCACAGCUGGGGUUUGAUGAACUACCGCAUUCAGCAACGUGACCACAACCUCUCCCCGGAGGACCAGCGCACCUUCGUGGAGGCCGCCCAUCAGGGCUUCGUCGGGGCCAUCUGCCGCUGCAAAGACUCCUCGGAGGCCCUCCCGGCCGUCAUGCGUCUGCUGCAGCUGUGGGUAAUUCACAACGGUGUGGGACUGCUAAAGGAGACGGUUGCGGACAGCAUCUCCCGCAUCCCGAUUGACCACUGGGUGCAGGCCAUUCCACAGCUCAUUGGUCACCUCGGCAACGACGACCACGACAUUCGCGAGGUGAUUUGCAUGAUCCUGCGCUCGCUCUGCGAAGUGCACCCCCAGGCGACGGUGUUCCCGCUGCUGGUCGUCAUGAUGUCCGACUCGAAUGGCUCCGGCAGCCCCUUGACGGCGAACGACUCCAAUCUCUCGUCCUUUGCGAACUCGUCGGAGGCAGCGCCGGUUAACGUGCGCGGCAGCCCCCGGGUGGAGAGCCCGACGACGAUGAACAGCAAGAGCCCGAUGACACGCAAGCAGGAGAUUGUGCAGAGCAUCAUCCAGCACUGCCCGAAGCGCAUCUUCCAUGAGGCGGAGGCGGUCGCGAAACUACUGGUGGACGUGUCCGCGAUUCCCAUCGAGAAAAUCCGUGAAAACCUUAGCCAAGUCGCCGCCGCCUGGAACCCGAACGCGGAGUACGAGGAAGACCCGGAGGAGAUCUACCGCCGCCUGCAGAACACCAUGGAGAUCUUCCACGCCAAUCGCCGCCACCUGCUCUUCACCGUGGGCGACAUCGGCCAGUUUGUGCAGAUGGUCAUGGUAGACGAGCGCAGCGGACAGCGGGAGAAGGCUGCCGGGGUGGUGAGUCAGCUUGUCGAGGAAAUUUCGAAGCACGUCGCCGAGAAGCUCGGCCGCGAGCCGCAGAAGGCAAUGGAGCCGCUGCUGCACCUGCGCAACCUUUCCGUCGCCGUCUUUGGCGAGUACGACAUCCACAACCGGGACAACUACCCGACCAUCGCCUCCUUUAGCUCCAAGCUGGAUGUGAUUCCCUCCAAGAAGCGCCCCCGCCGCAUCCAGCUGAACGGCUCCGAUGGCUGCCUCUACACGUACUGUCUGAAGGGCAACGAGGACAUCCGCAUGGACGAGCGGGUCAUGCAACUCUUCGGCAUGGUGAACGUGCUGCUGAGCCACACCCGCAUCCCAACCAGUGCGUACAUCCACCGCUUCCCGGUCAUCCCGAUCAGCUCCAACGUCGGCCUGCUUGGUUGGGUGGAGAACGCGAACACGAUCAAUAACACCAUCUGCAACUACCGCACCAACAUCUCGAACGUGCGCACGCAUCAGGAAUCGAGCGCGCUGCGCUCCUACGUGGAGUCGUUUGGCAACUGGGACAAGCUCAGCAUCAUCCAGCGCACGGAGGUGCUGGACUUCGUGAUGAACAGCGAGCACUGCGAGGCCGUGGAUGUGUCGCGUGCGAUGUGGCACCGCGCCAACACGGCGGAGCAGUGGCUGGACCGGCGCACGGCCUUCACGGUGUCCUUGGCGACGAUGUCCAUGGUGGGCUACAUCAUGGGUCUGGGCGACCGCCACCUUGGCAACAUUCUCAUCUCGAUGUCGACGGGCAAGGUGGCGCACAUCGACUUUGGGGACAGCUUUGACGUGGGCCGGCUGCGGCACGUGCUGCCCGAGACGGUUCCUUUCCGCCUCACGCGGAUGCUCACGAAUGCGAUGGAGGUGUUUGGGGUGGACGGCGUCUUCCGCGCCUUCGCGACGCGGACGCAGACCACGCUGCACAAGAAUCGUGAUAGCAUCAUGGCCCUCCUCUCCGCCUUCGUCUACGACCCGAUCGUGCAGUACAAGGGGAAGAUGAAAAACGUGAUGGAGAAGAGUCGGUCGCCGCAGGACGUGGUGGAGCGGAUCCGCAACAAACUGCGCGGGAUGGAGAUGGCGGUGAACCGCAGCGAGGUGAACAUCUUCAACACCACGCAGGACAGCUGCCGCAGGCCGGAUUUGCUGUACAUGUCGACCGCGUUUGAUGAUCCGGCGAUACGAAAGCAGACCUUGGCGAUGUCGGCGGAGGAGCAGGUGAGCUUCUUAAUUGACGAGGCAACUCGUAUAGACAACUACACAACGUUGUACUUUGGCUGGGGCCCGCUGUGGUAA